AUGAAAUCUCAAAAUUAAGGUAGAUAAGAUUUCUUAUAAUGGAUAAAUGAAUUAACAGAAUGUGAUUAUCCAAAAGUUGAGGUUUAUAUUUAAAUAUUAUAUUUAGUUAUUAUCAGAUGGAAUUGGUUAUUGUUAAAUAAUAGAUGCAUUACAUCCUGGUUCUAUUUAUCUUUCAAAAUUAAAUUUUAUGGCAAGAUUUCCAGAUGAAUAUACAAAGAAUCUUAAAGUAUAUAAUAAUAUUUAAUUAAGGUUCUUGAUGAUGCUUUUUCAAAAUUAAAAAUUGAUAAAGUUGUUCCAAUUGAUAAAUUAAGUAAAUGCAAAUUCUAAGAUAAUAUGGCAUUUCUAUAAUGGAUGUAUAAUUAUGCAUCUAAAGUUAAUCCAUUUGUUAAAAAUUACAGAGGAUAUUCAAGAAGAUUAGAGUCAUUUGAAAAAUAGCAUCAUGGUCGUUAUACAUAAAUGAGUGCACAUUUAAUUCCAAAUACUGAAUUUUUAAAAUUCAAAUAGACAGAUAUAGAUGGAAGAACUUUUUUAAAAAUUGAAACAACGAAAGCUUCAUAAGCUGAAGAAGCUAUAAAAGAAUUAGAAAUUGAUAUCAAAAAUAAAAUGGAUUACAAUUGGAAAUUGAUAUAUGCUUUAGAUGAUCUUUAAUAUUAAAGAGAUGUAUUAUAUGGAUUAUUAACAAAAAUUGAUUAAUGUGUACAAAAAAGUAAUGAUCCUGCAGCAAUCAAAAUGCACAAUGUAAUUAUGGAAGAACCUAUAGAUUUUUCAGAAAAAUGA